AGAUAGAUGAGAACUCCAUUACGUCUCCAAAGCAGCAGACUUUAAGGAAUAGUUUCCUUUUGGGAGGCUGAAGGAUUGUGUUUCUGUGUGCGCAUUAAAGAGCUGUCGGUUCACAGGAGCUUGAAGUCAUAUCUCUUCAGAGGAGUGCACAGCUCAUUUAUACGACUCUCGUCUGGCCAGUUAUUCGUUUUCCAUUAUGGAUCAUUUGACAGAGAAUAACUUGACAGCAGAGACUCUGGAAUACCCAGUGUGCUCAGAAUGGAAGGAAAACCCCGAAGGAUCAGUGUUUCAUCUCGCUCAUAUACUGCUGGUUUUGGGAUUUAUGGGAGGCAGCGGCUUUUAUGGAUUACUCUAUAUGUUCAGCUUUUUAACGCUGGGGUUCUUCUGUUACUCGAUGUGGUCGUGGUCGGAUCCCUGCACGACUGACUCGUUUUCGUGGACCUUCGCGCUUUUCGCCUUCUGUCUGGCACAAGUCGUUCAUGUGUCGUACCGACUGCGCAAAGUCACUUUUGGUAAAGAGUUCCAGGAUCUCUACGAUUAUAAGUUCAAAAAGCUUGGAGUCUCCUUAACGCAUUUUGGAAAAAUCGUGGAGUGCUGUGAGGGCGAUGUCUAUACUCUAGAUAAAGACCACUGCUUCGCCGUGGAGGGAAAAACCUCCAUCGACAAACUGUCAGUUCUCAUCUCAGGCAGGAUACGAGUGACGGUGAACGGGGAGUUUUUGCACUACAUCUAUCCAUUUCAGUUCCUGGACUCUCCAGAGUGGGAUUCCCUCAGACCUUCAGAAGAAGGGGUUUUUCAGGUCACGUUACGUGCAGAUAACCGGUGCAGGUACGUGGUGUGGAGACGGAAGAAGCUCUAUCUGCUGUUCGCGCAGCACCGCUACAUCGCCAAGAUCUUCGCGCUGCUGGUGCGCAAUGACAUCGCGGAGAAACUCUUCUCUCUCAACGACAAGGCUUUCGACCCCCACGGGUUCCGCUACGAUCUCCGGUUACCAAACUUCUGUCACGGGCCAGAGCCAGAAAUAGGGAACACAAGUGAAUCCCGGCCAGUGCUGGAACAGAGUGAAACCAAACCGGCAGAAAGAGACUCGUGAGAAACGCGCGCUCCAGUUUUAGGAGCUUAGAAAUUUACUAAUGGCAAUUAAUUUUCCAUUUUUUUAUUAUUAUUAUUUUUAACAUUGGAUAAACUUUAAGUGACCUCCUGAAAUCGGUGUUUUCUUUUUUUUCUUUUUUCUUUCUUUUUCUUUUUUUUUUUAGCCAUGCUAUUUUUCAACACGAGAAUCUCAAAAUUAUUCAGAAGAUGAAGUGGUUUUCAGUAUGAUACUCAUUAAACUGUCGUCUCUCAUAACCUGUAUUUGUGGAAACGUUUGAAUUAAUAAAUGAGAGGUUAACUCCAGCUACUGAAACAAGCUCUCACAUGAAACAUAAAGAUAGUUUCAUCUAUCUGAAUCAUCAAUACAUCACCUAGCCUAUGAAAUAUCAAUCUGUCAAUCUGAAACAUAUUGCCUAUGUCUGUAGUUUGUGUGCUUUAGACUGCACAAGAACAAAUUGUUAACACAUACUUUUGAAAAAUCAUUCAACCAAUCUUAUAGAGUCACAGAAAUCAAAUGAAGGGGUAUAGUAUUUGAGAAGUGAGAAGGACAUUAUGAGACCAGUUUUUCUGACAGGCUUAGUGAAGUAAAAUUUCCUCUCCUCUUUUGUCAAGAUUGUAUUGUUGAAUAUUUGUAUUGUCCUAUGCUUAUCUGUGUUUUGAAUAAACAGAAACCUGUGUUUUCAA